AUGGGUACUUGGUCACUUGCCACGGUUCCCGAGAUAGACAUGCAGCAAUGCCAUACGCGAAUCGCCUACAAGCCGAGAGAAUGCAAAGGAAAGUACCUCGGAUACGUCGCGACCUGGAGGGUGAGCGGGGGCGUCGACGACGCGGAUCCGCACUGCCACGAUGAUCCGGACAGUAGCCCGUUUCGGCGGAACGGACAAAAACCCCGACCAGCGAGGAACAGCGAGAAGAAGGGACAGCUGGACUGGACGGUCCCGCGAAUUGCGGUGGGACGGCGCCCCGGGGGCGGUGCGGGGGGCGCGGGGGCCGAAACGGGGACCGGAGCGCACCAGGGGUUUCCGCCGACCUCGCUGACCGCCGUCCUCGGCCUCGUCGCCCUGGUCGCGGUCGUCGUUCUGGUAACAGCGAGCAGAGUCUGCACCGAUGAUCGGGUCCAGGACGCGGAGCAGCGCGGCUCGUCGACAUCGUCGUCGUCCUCGCACGCUCGUCGGGAUGGAACCGCCGAUUCCGCGACCCUGACCGAAGGCCAGCUCCACCGAUUUCGGGGCGAGAGGCGGUGGCUGGUUUUGAGGAGGAGGACGAGGAGCGGAAUCGUACGCCUUCCUCAUCGCAGAUUCGGCCCCCAAGAGGAUCGGGAGGAGGCCCAGAGGAGGAGGAAGAGGGAGAGGAAUAAGAAGAACGAGGAUCACAACUGCUUUCGAGAUCGCGGUCGGAAAGGGGAAAUCGCUACGACGACAGUGUCCGGUGUUCGGGGUUUCACAGGUGAUCGUGCUCUUGGUGGUGAUAGUGGUGCUUACAGUGCCGCUGCUGUCGAUGGCCAGUCGACUACGGUAGCCGGGCCGAUGUCACCUAGGUCGAAUAGCGAAGAACCAUCGGGCACCGAGGGCGACGACGAGAUAGUUUAUCAGCGGGGGUCACCACGGCGCAAGGAGAACGCGAACGAGGACGAGGAUAUCGCGCUUACCCAACCACCUCCAUCACCGACCAAUCAUUCCUCUAUGGAAUCACGUGAUUCCGUGCUUUAGACGCGCCUACGAGGGGCGAAAUCCCAACGGGAAAUCCGUCGGUGGACUUCGGACCGAACGGACCUGCGACGGUGAGGCUGACGUUGACGGAAACGGCGUUGGAAUCGGUGUGGAGGCCUUUCUAGAGGAGACGCUGCUUCGCGUUCCUGACGCCAAUGUAACGGGGUCCGAACUCGUCGUCCUCGACCGCUCCACUGGCUCCUCGUCCGACCCAAAGGACAAACGACGCUCAGUCGCCCUUCGCGACGUAGCUGAGGACGCGUUGUAGGAAUCCACUGCGAAAGAAGUACACCUUUACCGAUAAUCGCCUGCGUUUUUUUUCGGCUUAACGAUCGCUGGAAUGUACCCUCGGUUGCCGAAAGGCAGGCGGAUUUUGGUGAAAGCAGAGCUGAGUAUGGAGAUCUCCAACGCUCGGCUUUUCGUGAUACCAGCUAGGUUGGAGCGUCGACGUGACACCUAGGCGGCCACGCACCGAAGGUGGCCCACAAUCGUAUAUAUAUAGAUAUACU